AUGUCUCGCUACCAGUCCUACGAUGACGGCGAGGUUAAUCCUUUUGCGAAUCCUGCAUCUGUUCCAGCUGCAACCUCAAAGCUUUCACCUCUUCCCCCUGAGCCGUAUGACACCAUUGACAUCCCUCUAGACUCCGGAAAGGACCUGNAAGCUAAGGAGAAGGAACUCCAGGCAAAAGAGGCUGAAUUGAAGAGACGUGAGCAGGAACUCAAGCGGAAAGAAGAUGCUAUGGCACAGGCCGGAAUUGUGAUAGAAGAGAAAAACUGGCCACCGUUUUUUCCUCUCAUCCAUCAUGACAUUUCGAACGAGAUACCCAUCCAUCUGCAGAGAAUCCAAUAUGUUGCAUUCACGUCAUUGCUGGGUCUUGUGGUGUGCCUGUUAUGGAACAUUGUGGCUGUUACAACCGCUUGGAUCAAGGGAGAAGGUCCAACAAUAUGGUUUCUAGCUAUUAUCUAUUUCAUAUCCGGGGUUCCUGGAGCAUAUGUCAUGUGGUAUCGCCCUCUUUACCGUGCCAUGAGGACUGAUAGUGCUCUGAAGUUUGGGUGGUUUUUCUUCACGUAUCUGUUUCACAUAGGGUUUUGUGUGUUUGCGGCGGUGGCUCCUCCAAUUAUCUUCAAAGGAAAAUCGCUCACAGGAAUAUUGCCGGCAAUAGACGUGUUGAGUGGGAAUAUCUUGGUCGGGAUAUUCUACUUGAUUGGGUUUGGGUUCUUCUGCGUGGAGUCGCUCGUGAGCAUCUGGGUUAUUCAGCAAGUGUACAUGUACUUCAGAGGGAGCGGGAAAGCAGCCGAGAUGAAGCAGGAGGCGACAAGACGAGCGAUGAUGGCAGCUCUAUAA